UACAAAAGUUUGCCAGUGCGUACACACUACCUUUUCAUAGUAAUGUCACUGUUUAAGGUAAGAAAUUGGUGGAAAACGCAAUGCCCAACGAUCGAGCCGGCGUACGACUCGUUCUCGCUGCACUGCGCCCGGCUGUGCAUUGAGGAGGGCGAAAAGGACAGCCUGGUGGUCGGGUCACACUCCGGUCAGCUGUGCAUCUAUCGCCCGUCGGGUGGCACCAACCUGCCCGACCUGGACGCGGAGGAUGAUGAGCAGGGCAGCGCGAACGGUAGCGCGAACGAGCUGGCCGAAAAUGUGUUCCAGCAUGCGGACGUCAUACUGGAGGUGCAGCUGCCGCUUCCAGUGCUCGGUGUUAGCAGUGGCAAAUUUACCACCACGAAUAAAACCGACCCCCGGCUGCAGCUCGCCGUACUGCAUCCGAUGAAGCUGUGCAUCUACCAGCUGGUAACGGUCGAUGGGCUCGCAGACCAUGGCGAUCACACGCGCCUGGUCACCCUGUACGACCAUGCACUGUCGAAGCCGGCCUUCUCGCUGUGCCACGGCCCGUUCGGUGGCGUUAAGGGGCGGGACUUUCUCUGCGUGCAGCAUAUGGACGGGUCGCUGCGGUUCUUCGAGCAGGACGGCAUUAGCUAUGAGCGUACGCUGGCCACCGAUCGGUUCAUACCGGCGCCGCUGCAUUAUGUGCCGCGGGUCGAUUGCUUCGUCACGGUCGCACCGAGCUGGGUGCUGGAGUGCUACCGCUACCAGGACGUGGCGGAAGCGCUCGAGACGUUGCGCCGCCACGAUCCGAUCUGGGCGCUGUGCAUCGGGGAGUAUGCGCUCGAUCUGCAGGUGCAUCAAAUUUCCAACACGGAAUCCGUCAUUGUGAUCCUGGGCGAGAACAAUCUGCUGUGCGUGUCCGACACUGGGAAGGUUCGGUUCAUCAAAAAGCUCGACUACUCACCGGUUUGCUUUCACAGCUUCGUCACCGGAUGGUACUGGGGUAGGUUAGGGCUGGGCCUCUUAUAUCCAUUUUCCCCAAUACUCUCACCCCAAUUCCACCCCUUUCCCACAGAACCGGGCGCUCGAUUAAUGCUGGCAGUCGUCUCGGAAAGUGGAUCCCUGCUUCUGUACGAAAGCGAUCAAAUCAUCUGGUCGGCACAGCUCGGUCACGUACCGGUAGCCAUCGGCCGUGCCAAUGUGGCCGGCCUUCCCGGUGCGCUGGUAACGCUCGGGCCAACCGGUGCCCUCGCGGUAGGCUAUCUCGGCUCGGAGCCGCAGCUGUUCCGUGUGCCGGCCCUCAAUCUGGCCCCGUUCGAGAUUGCCCGCUGCCAGAAGGAGCUGCUCGAGCUGGAGCGCGAGAUCCGGGCCGGGGUGGAUCCGAGCGACGCUAGCAUUGCGAAUGCUGCCGCCGAGCGGGACGUCCAGCUGGAGGUUGCGAUCCAGGGCGAGCCGGUCCCAUGUACCGAGCAGCAGGUGACGGGGCUGCUGUCCUCUAGCGAAAUGUGCCAACUGAGCGUAACGGUGCGGGUGGAGCCGAAGCUCGAGAUGUUACAGCUGACGGUCGCUACCGAUCAGGCGAUCGGCUGCUCGAAGGAUGCGUUUCUGUUCCGCGACGUCGCGGCCCACAGCACGGAACGGUUCGACGUGUGGCUGUACCCGGCGGUACCGUCACUACCGGCAAGUCGUACCGCGACCGUCUACUGUUCCUACACCAGCAAGCAGGGCAUUACGCGUGUGCUGGAGAGGAGCGUUCUGCUACCGGUGCGGCUGUUCCUCAAGCCGGCACAACCGUCCAAGGAGGCACAGCACAAGCUAACGCUAACGGUCGUACCGCCGCCAGCGCAGCACACUGCCGGCAGCGUGCUCGGACGAUUGUUUCCAGAGUUUGCGCCCGAAGGCAGCAGUGCUAGUGCACUCGCCCUGCAGCCCGUUGCCGGUGGAGGAGAUGGACGGAAAGUCACGAUAGUUGCGGCCAAAAGUACGAACCGCUUUCGGGUCCAGUCGGACGAGCUUGGUCUUAUGGCGCUCGUGCUGGAGUGUCUCAUAGGACGGCUCCAGGGCCGGGAGAGUGUGGGACACGCGACCGAACAGGAUGAAGCUGCUGGUAGGAAAGACCAUUCCUCCAGGGUGCAGGUAACCAUCGGUGGUGUUCCUUCGGUAAGUGGGCUGAUACGUUCGCUGCAGGUGCAUUGUGAUUUGAGGAAAGCGGUAAAGCAGCUAGAGAAUGAUCUCGAGAUUGCCACCGGCCAGAUGCGACUGUUUGAGCGGCGGUUCGUCGUCAAGCUGCAGGAGCGCUCGCUGCGCGCACUCGACGGCAUACUGAUGCUGCUGAAACGGAACCACACCGCGGUGGCCAAAGUGUGCCUGCAAAUAAAAACCAUGCGUCAGAAGCUAAAACUCGCGCAGAUUGAUCUGACCGCCAUCCUGCGCCUGUUUCAUCUCUGCUACAGCCAUGCGGCCAAUGCACCGGGCGGAAAGUAUUUCGAGCACCUUACCGCACUGCUAACCCACUCCGUGCUGGACAGUACGGAGCAGAGCUACGAAGAGAUGAUGCUGCCAGUGGUACGCUUUCUCCACCAGACGGGACCACUGAAAAACUCCACCGAACAGUCGGAGGGAACGCCGUUCGAUGAGGAGUUUUUCUACACUGCCAAACAAACCGACCGCGAUCCGGUCGACCUGUCCGCCCACAGUCAGCUGCUGCAGGGUCAGCUGCAACGUCUGCUCGGCAGGGUGAACGAUCGCAUUACCACCGGUACGACGGCGCGAACGUCCGGAAGUGGCAGCGGUCGGAACAGUGUCGACUUUGAGGAUCAACCACUGCCGGAAGCGCACAACGAAGAGGCAGAGGAGGAAGAGGAGGAGAAUGAAAAGGGACAGAAUGAAGAGGCGAACCGCCCGACCGAUGGCAGCGCCGGUGUAGAGGAGUUCGCCCAACUCAGUGCCACCGCUAGUGAGUGGGUUAACUACGAAAAGAUGUCCGAUUUGCCGCUGUAAGAGUCUUUCUUUCCACCUGGAAUGAAUUUUGUUAUUUUGUCAAUAGUUUUUUCUUCUCUUUUUUGCUUUUAUUUUCACUCCACUUUCCUCCCCACACCGACCACAAACUUUGCGCGGGUAUAUCGCUGUUUGAAUACACCACACACACACACACACACACCCCCUUAGAGAUAGUAGGGGGAUUAUUCACCCCGAUCACACCCGCGAUGGGAGUGUUAUCGUCACACAAUGAUGUAUUAUAUCCUUGCUUGUUUGUUGUUGUUUAAAUUAUUUACUAUUAAUACUUUACGACAGACUACACCUAGUAUAAACAUAUUCCCUUGUGUGUUUUCAUUUAUGCAUAUUUUCAUGUAAGUAGAACGCGCG